AUGCUCGUUCACUCUACGCCACCAUUACCACCUCGUCUACCGCCCAUUCAUCCUCGCACGCUUUCCAACUCGACGGCGACACCACCCUUAAAUCGGAAUGUAUCGUCUACCGCAUUGAACGGGCAACAACAACCACAACAACAACAUAUACAAUCACCACUUGCACCACCCCCUUUCUUCCGCAGAACUUCAUCUCUCCGAGAUCCACCUCCUGGAGGGAGCAGGUCUCCAUCUAUAGUGGAAUCGGAGCAGGAUUUCCAGGACGAAGACGAAUUCAUGGCUCAUCAGACUAGGUCGACGAGGAGAAAGGUCAGUAGGAGGAAAGACGAUAAGGUGUGA